UCUGGCAGCUCCUAGAGCGCUCCCGCUUGCCGGUUCCCGUGUGCGUGUGUGCGCGGCGUGGUGCGCGCUUUGUAGUUUUUGCUGUGCUUGCGCGAGGCGGCAAAAUCCAGCAACGAACGAAACACGCGCAGAGGUCUAUUUCUUUCUGCUGAGUGCUUAGUUCGGCAAAGGGGUGCAAGGCAGUAACGUCAAAAUGUUUUGGGGCGUCACUCUGGAAAGCGGGAAGCGCUAUUCCCAGGUGGUCGAUAUGUCGUACCACCUUUCCAUGGCUGCGCUGGAGCCGAAAUCAGGAGGGGAGCCCGUCAUGGUUAUGCUCGAACAUGGCAAGGCAGAGUUUCUGCUGUGUACACUGGACCAAGCACAUGCCCGCCAGGUGGCACUGGACCUCAACUUUGUCGAAGGAGAAGAAGUAACCUUUUUUCUCAAUGGCAGAGGAACUGUGCAUCUGACAGGGUACCUGACCGAUGGCCUACAAGAUGAUGAUGUGUCUUCUGAUGAAGAGGAGGAGGAAGAGGAUGAGGCCUCUUUACCGGAUGAAGAAGAGGAGGAGGAAGAUAAAGAGCUAACCAUGGCUCAGAAAAGGCCAUCCAAGCACACCAAAAAGCUCAAGCAAUCACUCCUACAGGCUGUUAAUGGUGAGAGUGAAGACGACGACUCUGACUUUGAUGUGAACAAGGUGGAGGAUGCGACAGAGGAUGACGAAGAUGAUGAUGAAGACGAAGUAUCAGACGAAGAAGAGCCUGAGCCAGCACCAGUCUUGCAACGCAAGCGCCCUGCCCAAAAGCGGGUUCCUGGCAAGCCGAUGAGCAACACCUCUCCAUUAAAGGAACAAGUUACAACCUCAGCGCCUUCAGCAGAGCCUCAGGAUGGCGUCCCAAAAAAGAAACGCAAGAAAAUGAAGAAGCAGCGCAGUGAUGGUGCCACUGCGGGUUCCGAGGGUCCCAAGGUCCAGCAGUCGCCGCAGGUUGGAGGAGCAGAUGAAAACGGCACAACACUCCCAGGAGGUGUCGUCAGCACUGACCUGCGUAUUGGGAGUGGUCCUGUGGCAAAACCUGGCAAAAGUGUACACGUGUACUAUACAGGUCGCUUGGCAAACAACCACGUAUUUGACACGUGCCGCUCGGGUAAAGCUUUUUGCUUCCGACUAGGCAAGCACGAGGUCAUCAAGGGCUGGGAAACUGGUAUUCAAGGCAUGAAGGUAGGCGGAAGGCGCCGUCUGGUAAUUCCAGCCAGUCAAGCAUAUGGCAACACCCGUAUGGGGGUCAUUCCACCUAACAGCACCCUGUACUUUGAUGUGGAGCUCAGGGCCGUCUCCUGAAGUGUUCCUUUCAUUUUAAGUGGCCACGACCUUUUACCCAUUGCUCAUUUGCUCCAUUGAAUAAAAGCUGAACACUUGUGA